UAGCUUCUUAGACCACUCCCCUCUCUUCCAGGUAUAUAUCAGCUUCCCAUAGAUUCCUAUAGAAGCUUCUGCUUGUCCACUCUGCAUCUGUAGUCCACAUCACUCGUUCAGAGUGAGGAAAAGAGAUUUGUGGAAUCCUGGAGCCAGUGGAGCAAACAGCAGCAGCUCUGCUCAAUCUCAGCGCCAACAUGUUGUACCUGGAGACAGGGACCGCUACAUCCUACAGUGAGUCACAGUACACAAACCUGGGGCUCCUGAACAGCAUGGAUCAGAACAUUCAGAACGGCGGCUCAACCUCCACCAGCCCCUACAACAACGACCAUGCACAGAACAACGUGACUGCCCCAUCGCCCUACGCCCAGCCCAGCUCCACCUUCGACGCCAUGUCUCCCUCACCGGCAAUCCCAUCCAACACAGAUUACGCUGGCACUCACACUUUUGAUGUGUCCUUCCAGCAGUCUAGUACGGCAAAGUCUGCCACCUGGACGUACUCAACAGAACUGAAGAAGCUAUACUGCCAAAUUGCCAAGACAUGUCCCAUUCAGAUCAAAGUCCUGACCAACCCGCCCCAGGGUGCCGUGAUCAGAGCCAUGCCUGUUUACAAGAAAGCCGAACAUGUGACCGAAGUGGUAAAGCGCUGCCCGAACCACGAGCUCAGCCGCGAGUUCAACGAUGGUCAGAUCGCUCCUCCCAGCCAUCUGAUUCGCGUGGAGGGAAACAGCCACGCCCAGUACUUGGAGGACACCAUCACUGGAAGACAGAGUGUAUUUGUUCCUUAUGAACCUCCCCAGGUUGGAACAGAAUUCACCACGAUCUUGUACAACUUCAUGUGCAACUCGAGCUGCGUGGGUGGAAUGAACAGACGCCCAAUUCUCAUCAUUGUCACUCUGGAAACCAGAGACGGUCAGGUAUUAGGCCGACGGUGCUUCGAGGCCAGGAUUUGCGCCUGCCCGGGCCGAGACCGCAAGGCAGACGAGGACAGCAUCCGCAAGCAGCAUGUAACAGACGCCACAAAGAGCAAUGACGGUACGAAACGCCCUUUCCGCCAGGUUUCCCACGGCAUACAGAUGUCUACUAUCAAGAAGAGAAGAUCCACAGACGAGGAGGUGUUCUGUUUGCCUAUUAAAGGCCGUGAAAUUUAUGAGAUUUUGGUAAAAAUCAAAGAGUCUCUGGAGCUCAUGCAGUUCCUUCCACAACACACCAUAGAAUCAUACCGGCAGCAGCAGCAAAACCUACUCCAGAAACAGUGAGUACCAGUAUAGAUU